AUGGUCCUGAAGGGAAUGAAUGUUGAGCGAAAGGCUUACCAUGGAAAAUCUUCCAUCGGUAACCACGUGCACACCUGCUGCAAGGAAACAUACAUUCCACCUUAAUUAAGAGAUCAAAACUACAUACAAGUAAACGCACGAACUGCCAUUAACAACCUAAUUUGUUGGCGUCUUCUUCUUAGGCACCCAAUAUCACUAAACUAUGCAGUGCUGUAAAUGGUAAAAACAGAAGAGCUGUGUCCUUCUUUUCUUUCUCAGGCAAGAGAAAUUAGUGUCAAGUUUGAACAAGCCUUCAAAUUGUUUGCUGCUUGCCAUUUUCUCUAUGAUAGCGCAGAGUACUUUGAUGAUGAGAAGAUCGAUAAGCUAGUAGGUGAAAUAACAAACUGAGAUAUAAAUAUGUACAUCACAUGCAUUGUCCUGCUUGGGCACAGUAAGUUAAGUUUCAUUCACCUUUUCUUGAUGCAGACAUCAAAAAGUUCCAGCAGUUUAUCAGAGAAAACCUCCCUGACAAAGCAAUCACACCAAAGCUUCAUCUGCUAGAAGACCAUGUUUGUUCAUUUCUAAGACAAUGACACAUUGGCCUUGGAUUCUACGGUGAUCAAGGGACCAAAGGAAUCCAUGCCAAGUACAACAAGCAGCCACAACAUUUUGAUCACGUCAAGAAGCAGAAUGUGAGAUUGUGGCAGAUCCUAGUCAAUCAUCAUAUAACCACCAGCUCAUCACUCUGAAGCCUAAAGAAAGAAAUUUCAAGCGAAAAGCAAACAAAAACAAGCUUAUCCUUUGCACUUUGUGGCAUCAUGAAUAUGUUAUAAUCACUGAAACGUUAAAUUUGUUGCGAGACAAUUUCCCUCUGCAUAAAAGUUGCUUACUUCAAUGCUAGGUCCUUUGUUAACAAGUCCGCCUCCUUGGAAGUCGAUGUUUAUUAAAAAAACUUCGACAUUAUCGCCAUCACAGAGACGCAUUUGGACCAAUCAGUAAACUCUGCAGAGUUAUUUCCCUCCAACUAUCGUGUUUAUAGACACGAUAGAAACCGAAGAGGCGGUGGUGUUUUGGUAGCUGUAAGCGACAAUAUUAUCUGCAACCAGCGAGAUGUAUUAGAAGGAUCUGACAUUGAACUUUUAAUGCUUGAUAUACAUUAUUCAAUGAACAAGUCUUUUGUGUUUGGUGUGUUUUAUAGACCUCCAGCAAGCGACACCAGAUGUUUAGAAAUACUGCAGAAGAAUUUGGAACAUCAGACACCUCAAGCAGAUAUAAUUCUGGUUGGAGACUUUAAUCUUAAGGACGUGGAUUGGAAUAAUAGAUUAAUGCUGAAUUACUCAGCUGACUACGAACUAUUUUCGGAUAUUUUAUCGGAUAAUUUCCUAACUCAAAUGGUCUUGCAACCUACAAGAGGAAACAACAUUCUUGACCUUGUCCUAACUAAUAAUAGUGACGUGAUUUGUGACACCGAGGUUGGUGAACCAAUUUCGGACCACAAUAUUAUUACUUUUCAUGUGAAUGUUCAUCCCUAUCACCGGAAAUCAUCUGAAAGAAAAUUUUAUGACUACAACAAGGCUGACUGGUCACGCCUAAAUGAGUUGUUUGAACACAUUCCAUGGCAUUGUGCAUUUCUUUCAAAUGAUGUGAAUGAAGUUUGGAGUGCGUGGACCGAUUUAUUUUUUACCGCCGUUGACGAGUGUAUUUCAAAAAAGAAAAAGAAGAAAAAUCGUCCGUCCCCUUGGAUAUCAGCUGAGAUAAUUAAACUAGUGCGGAAAAAGAAGCGGUUGUACAAAAAAACUAAGAUUAGAAAUAAUGAUGAAUCGUGGUCCACUUACAAAAAGGCAAGUAAAUUGUUGAAGAAAAAAUGCAACAAGGCCCGCUGGGAGUACCUCGAUAAAUUGGCAAACGACAUGCAGGACAAGAGUGAACACAAGCUCUUUUGGAAUUACGUGCAGUCCAGGCGCAAAGGAUCAAAUGAUCUAAUUGCUAUAAAGUUACAUAAUGGCAAUGUACUAACCAACGAAGAUGACAUUGCUGAGUGCAUGAACGAAUAUUUUGCUUCCGUUUUUACAGCCGAAAACUUUGCUGAUUUUCCAUCAUUUGAUCAAGUUAUUAAAGACAAGGAUCUUAGUCUUCUACACUGUUCACCUAAGGUUGUAAGCAAGAUUCUAAGCGAGUUGAAACCUCGUAAAUCUCCUGGCCCGGACAGUAUACAUCCCAUGAUUUUAAAGAAAUGUGCUGGAACCUUGGCUCCAUCACUUAGUGACGUUUUUAAUGCGUCUCUUGCAUCAGGCAUGUUACCACACAAUUGGAAAUUGGCUGACAUUACUCCUUUGCAUAAGAAAGGUGCUAAAAGCGAUCGAAAGAACUAUCGCCCUGUGUCACUGACAUCGGUGGUGUGUAAAGUGUGUGAAAUGAUAGUAAGACAGCAGCUUGUUCAGUUUUGGAUUUCAAACGAGGUCUUUAUUCCGGAGCAAUUUGGCUUCCUGAAAGGGAAAUCUUGUCUUUCUCAAUUAUUAUCAUCGUUUCACGAUUGGGCCAGCGGGAGAAACAAAGGCUUGACAACUGAUGUUAUAUUUUUGGACCUUUCAAAAGCUUUUGACUCGGUGCCACAUGAACGCCUUUUGACAAAGAUACACGCAUAUGGUAUCCAAGGUCCACUCCUGUCUUGGCUUAGAAGUUUUCUCACCAAUCGAUACCAGCGCGUUGUUCUGCGGGGACAUUACUCAUCUUGGACUUCCGUUUUGUCUGGUGUACCCCAAGGAACUGUGCUGGGACCCAUUUUAUUUUUAAUUUAUAUUAAUGAUAUUUCAAGAAACAUUAUGUCAAGCACAAAACUUUUUGCAGAUGAUAUGAAAUUGUAUAGGAUACUCAGGGAUACUAAGGAAGAUGUUGAAGAGCUACAGAAAGAUCUUAUUCGCCUGGAAUCUUGGAGCCAUGUCUGGCAGCUGAAAUUUAACACAGAUAAAUGCGAAGCGAUGCGCAUUUCUAAAAAAAAUGAUUACUCAAGUCCUCAAUACCAUCUAUGUGGUAACCAAUUAAAAGCUGUAUCUGAAGUUAAGGAUCUCGGAAUCUAUAUUACUUCGAACCUGUCAUGGAGUAUGCAAGCUAACAAAUGCGCAAAUAAGGCAAAUAGUGUGCUUGGAUUCAUUAGGCGAACGGUGGGUCCUAAAAAUCCUCAGUUGUUUUCAAAACUUUAUAAGAGUCUAGUACGUCCGAUACUCGAGUACUGCUCUCCAGUUUGGUGUCCGCACCUUAAAAAAGACUUAAACACCUUGGAGAAAGUACAACAUAGACCAUCUAAAUGUGCCCUUGGAAAUAUUGGGCAAGACAUGCCUUACGAAGAACGCCUAAAGCUCCUUAAAUGGCCAUCACUUGAACAAAGAAGAUUAUUUUCGUCCCUUAUCGAGUGUUAUAAGACAAUAAAUAGACUUAAUGAACUUGAUCCCUCGGCAUUUUUCACAUUUGCACAUGAUUUUCAGCCCUUAAGAGCCAACCAUCGUUUUAAACUUAAGCUUACAUCAGCAACUUUAAAUAGUUUUAAACAUUCUUUUUUUAUACGCAUAAUAGGUAAGUGGAACAAUCUUCCAAAGGAAGUUGCUGAGGCGGAGAAUUUGAAUAUUUUCAAGAACAGACUGAGACGUUAUCUUACAGAUUUUCCUGGUGAACACUAAGUUCUUUUACUGUGUGAUGUUUUAUAUACAUAUAUAGUUGCUAUUUUAAACAGUUGUAAAUAAUUUAUUUCUUAAUGUAUUUUAUUAUCAGGAGAUAAACUAGAAGGGGAUAACCUCUUUUAUCUCCUUUUCACUUUCCGAUUUGGAUUUGUGAAUAAACAGUUAUUAUUAUUAUUAUUAUUAUUAUUACUAUUAUUAUUAUUAUUAUUAUUAUUAUUAUUAUAAUAGUGGUGCUAAUGAAGCAUGAAUGAGUUACCAUAUGAGAGUAGCUCCAACGAACGAGUAAAUAUGCAAGUAAGCUUAUAUUUUAGAUACAAACAAGUACCGUAACUUACAAAUAAACUUAUUAAUAAUAUAAAUGCCACUGUUUAAAACUCAAACUGGAUCUUUUCUGUAAACCGUUCAAAGCUUAUAAUCCCAGAAAUUCAAAUGGAGUCCAGUAACGGCCGAUCUUCACUUAUUAAAAAUGCCAGAAUGAGUGUUCAAACAAUUCGGAUUAAAAAAAUUUAACCCAUGUACAUUUGUCAGGAAGGUUUCACAUCUUCUCCCUGUACUGUUGUGAUGCUGAAUAAAAUUCAGGGCCUUUGAAAUUUGAAAUGAAGCAUUUAUGUAGAUGCGAUGUGAUUUUGUUGAAAAAGACCACAAUUUUGGUCGAUUUUCCUCAAAUUUUGAACAACUGCUCUGUCGACCUCCAAAGGUCUGCCAUGAUAAAUUUCACAUGCAUGCAUUACAUAAACGGUGAGAUUUCAUUGGUUAAAACAGGUAGAAGCCCUCAGGUUGCCAUGGAUUCUAACAUGUGUGCAUUUUAAUGCAGUAUUAACUUGAGAAUGUAAUAAAUAACAGGAUGGUUCGGCUAGACAACAUGCACAAACUUCCAUUGUAAAACAGUCAUGGCUAUAUGUUUCAGAAAAAUUCUUUCCUUUAUUCCUUUAUUUUCUUUUGUUUUCAGGGCCUAAAGAAGAGUGUAUUGUCAGAAAGACUGUCAGAAAGCGGAGGUGUGGUAUCUGACAGCAUUUGCAGUACACAAACAUAUCGAUGCUAUUUGCCAAGUCCUAGGUGUCUGAGGUCCAAAUACCUUUAAUACUUGAUGGCUGAAAUUAGUUGCGUUUCAGAGAUUUAUACAAAAACAACAUUUUUGUUAGCAUCGCACGUGCAAUUGGAAUGCUUUCACCGUUAUUGGGGUCAGCAGUCUUCAUUUAAGCAUUUACAAUACAGUGUGAUAUCUAUCUUUAUGUAUCAAGGUGACAAGCAUGUGAAACACCGCUUGUACAAGCAUGGCAGGUCACGAUCUCACGAAGCCGUGUGAAGGCCCAGCAAGUCAUAUAUUUCUAAUUAAGUAAUAACCAAUGGGGGUAGUUUCAAGAGGUAUAGAAAGGGGAAAAUGCACCACAUGGGACUGUAAGGGAUUUGAGGCAAAAAAUGGACAGCACAAGUGCAGAUAUUGUGGCUGUUUCCAGAACAACGUAAACGGUCUAGUUCAGAGGUCAAGACCAAUGAAUCCCAGGACAUAGUACAAGAAGUAGUGCCAAAAACAGAAGGAACACCGAAUGGAUGA